UAAAAUGGGAGUAAGACAAUCAGCUCCAAUUAAAUAAGACUUUAUUUAACUAAAUUGUAAUUACUGAUUGUUUAAUAAACUAGAGAAGAAGAUUUCAUUAUCUGGUUUCACAUUUAAAGGACUUUUAGAACAUCAUAGUAGAGGUUACAUUUACAAUUGGAUUGUUGAAUAGGAUGGUAAUCCUGAUUUACUUGUAAUGAAAAUGAUACCAAAGUUGCAAUUAUAUAAUGAAAAGAAGAUUAAAGCAUAUAUAAGAGAAUUAUUCUUGAUGGUUUCAUUAUAGUUUCCAUUUUUAAUACAGCCUUUUUAUGCAUUUUAAGAUACUUAUAAUUUAUAUUUGGUAUUGGAAUUUGUGUCUGGAGGUGAUUUGAGAACUUAAUUAAAGUUAUAAUCCAUGAAUGAAGGAGAAGCAAGUAUAAAAUAAAUAUUAAGAAAGAAUAGAAAUAUUGAUAGCACAAUUAUUAAUAGCAUUAAACUUUUUACAUUAAAAAAGAGUGAUUCAUACAAAUUUGAAUCCAUGCAACAUUUUAUUAGAUAAUAGUGGAUAUAUAAAAGUAUAUGGUUUGCAUUCUUCGAGUUGUGGAGGGCAAUUUAGAAUUGAAGAGGAUAUAUCUGAAUACAUGGCUCCAGAAGUACUAUUAAGAGAAGAAUUUGGAUUUGAAGCUGAUUAUUAUUCAAUAGGAGUGUUAUUGUAUGAAAUAAUGGCAUAAAGAGUAAAGAAUUUAAUUGAGAUAAUAAUUAGAAAAUGUAUGAAUACAAUUCAAUUGAUGACAUGAUUGACAAUAUUAUCAAUAAAUAAGUAUCUGUAAAAAAGUCAGAACUUUCUGAAGGUUGGUCUUUAGAUGCAGCAGAUUUCAUUAACAAAUUAAUCUAGAAAGAUCCAAAAAAUCGUUUAGGUUAUUAUGGAUUUUAAGAUAUAAAGAAACAUAUCUGGAUGGAAGGUGUUUAAUGGUAAAAAAUAGAAGAGAAAAUUAUUAUAAAUACUUUUAUACCAAAAUAAGUGCCAUACUCUACAACUAUUCAUAAACAACCACCUCUAACUCAUGCUAUAGUAUAAACUUAAGAGUUUUAGAAUUUGUUUAGUUUAUUUUAAUAUAGAUGGGAUGAAGAAGUUAAAGAAAUAGAUUAUUCUAGAUUUAUAUGA